AAAAUGUUGUGCAGAUAGAGAAUAAUUAAAAAGUAAAGCAACCAGACUGCAAUGCAAUGUAUUAUAGUAUUUUCUUAAUUUUUUAUGAAAAUACUGAAUUUUACGUCCAUUUUUUGUUCAUGUUAUAACCCAAAUCAACAUUUGGGUUAUGGAGUCACCGCCUUUUUCAACACACUCCGAGGCGCCUCCUAUCAGCGAAGAUAGUGGUCUUAUAAUUACAAGUGGUUCUUUUUCUAGUGAUUCUGCCAGUGGAUGGCAUCACGUCGCAUCCGAGCUACAAGAAAGUGACUUCGAUGAAAAAUCACUGUCGCUUUGUGAAUCAACAGAGACAUCGGAACGUAUGUGUGGCGAUUUUUUUAAUACUGUAAAGAAAGGACCUGGCAAAGUUAUCGUUACGACUAUUGAGCCACCACCAGAAUUUCAGGAUAGUCCCGCUUCGGAAAGCGUAGAAAAAUGUGCGGCUGCAUACGUGCCUCCGACCGUUGUUUUCACCUAUGAUGUUGCAGACAAAGUCAGAACAUCUAACGUGGAUGUAGCAAUCACCACGAGACAUAUUUCUCCGAUGUAUCCAAGAAAACUUAAGCCUGAAUCUCUAUACGAACGUCGUCAAUGUUUGAAUCAUAGGUUCGCGAGCCCAAGGCUUCUUCACUUGAGCCCCUGUCGAGUCAAUCGGCCUUCUUCGAGAAACUCUCUAUCGUCGCGGUUGUCCAGCAGUCACAACUCGCUUGUUACUCAGUUCCAAGCUGAUGAUUCGAGUUUCAUCACCCAGGCUAUUUCACACGACACGCUGUCUUCUAAACCCUCUGACAUAACGGAUAUGUAUAAUGUUCCCUUCGAUAGCGAUAUUUAUGCAGUGCCCAUUGAUAUGGUACGACCUAGUCAGAGCAACAUAAGGAAUAAAGGAAAGAAACCACCUAGGAACAACAAAAAGCGUGGCAAGGCCGUAACUCAGACCACGGUGUCUAAUAUCCCUGUUAUUGAUAAAAAUCAUAAAGCAAAGGAAAACAACAGACACAAGGAAGUGAAGACUAAAAGACAUAGCUUGCCUAGUUCAUCUUGUAAGAAAGCUACCGGCGAUUCUGAUACUGAUUCUUUACAUUUAACCUUACGUGAAAUGAGGAAAUAUUUGCACACACUUUAUUCUAGUUCAAGUGAUUCAGAAUGUAGAGCUACUAUUAAUAAAAAAAAUAAUCCCAUAGUAAGUAAUGUUGGGAUUCAUACAAAACAUAUUGCUAAAGAUGCCAGUUCCACUGUAUUUUUGAAAGAAAGUAACGAGAUCACUAGAACUGUGGAAACCAAUAAUAACCACAGAAAAGCCAAUAAGAAUUCUUUCGGAAUGAAUGUUAAAAACAAGAAGCAUAAAGAGAAUAUUCCGAAAGAUAUGAUGGAGUUGGAAAAGAACGACAAAGCGGUUAAGAAAAGUAUUACUAAUCAGAGCCAGAAGGCUAAGAUGUCGCCUGUGAGGAUAUUGUCGAUUAAUUUGAAGCAAAGCUUUUGUAAUUUGUUUCGUUGGCGUCGUCAGCCCGUGCCGGAGAGCGCGGACGUGGAGAAGCUGUGUGACGGCAAGGAGGAGUCCCCGCCGGCGGCCGUGCGCCGCGCGCUGCCGCCGCUGCCGGCGCCGCCGCUCGCGCGCCAGGGACCGCGCCGCCCCGGCAAUGACGAAGAUACCGUCAUGGAUUUCGCUACCUCUAUACAAAAAGUUAAAGAUUAUGGCUGGUAUUGGGGUCCGAUAUCGGUGGAAGCUGCUGAAAAGAUCCUUUCGAAUGAACCUGAUGGCUCAUUCAUAGUGCGUGAUAGCAGUGAUGACCAUUAUAUUUUCACUCUAACAUUUAAGCUUAAUGGUCUUAGACAUGUAAGGAUUGAACAUGAUCAGGGUAAUUUCUGUUUUGGUGGCUGCACCAUGUUUAAAGCGCAGACUAUAGUAGAAUUCAUAGAGAAUGCGGUUGAGACGUCUCGAAGCGGCCGGUAUUUGUUCUUCUUAAAUCUACGACCGGUGCUUGGGCCAGUGAGAGUGCAGCUCUUGUAUCCAGUUUCAAGGUUCAAACGCGUACAAAGUCUCCAGCAUAUGUGCAGGUUUGUGAUAUUAAAGUACGUGCGUCGUGACCUCAUUAGCGAUCUACCUCUGCCUCGGCGCCUCGUAGACUACCUGAGUGCUACCCACUACUACUCGGAACUACUCGCUGACAUGUGAACGAAAAUCUAAACACUAUUCGUACAGAGUCCUCGUAAAAACGCGUGAAUAUAAUCAUGAUUUCAUCAACAAGGUACCCCAUUGAAUAAUUUAUGAAUUUCUAUAAUGAUCUUAUUUAUUUUAUUUUCAUAUUCGUUUUUAUUAUUAUUUUACAAUCAUAUUUAAUUUAAUCCUCGUAAUGAAGUGUCGUUAUACAAAUAUCAGUGAAUAUGAAUUGUAUGACAUUAUGUAAUGGACAUGAGAUUUGCAAUUUAUUGUAAGGAACUUUGAUUCGUGUAUUUCGAUUUGCUAUAUUCCACAUGAUUUGGUUGACAAAUGUGGUUGGUAUUCCACGUUAUUCCCUUUAAUGUUUUUUUACUGAUGUUAUAAAAAUAAUUUGAAAUUGACACUGUAUUAAAUUAUUAAUUUUUAGGCAAUACUGUCCUUUACGUAUACGGUCAGUGUUCGAAAAGUUCCUAUGUGGCGAUAAUAAUCCGGCAAGUUUAGAGAUCGACUUUUGUCUAGACACAUCACUCUUAUUAUUUCACAUCAUAUUGAAUAUUCGGUCAAUGUUUCGUCGUAAUCUCAAACUCAAACAGCCCUGGCAAGGUGAUGCCUAGAACUAUCGAAUUACGAUAUGACUUGCGAGAUAUACUUACGAAGAAUCUAAAUUACAUGAGAGAUCUAAGAGAUAUAAGGCGUAUUGAUAAAUAGUUUUAAAUCGAUAAUAAGAUGAAAUAUGUACAGAUAGUAUCAAAGAGAAACAAUUGUAAAGUCAGUUGCACAUUCUUUCAUUCACUUGGUUAGAUGUUUCAGUAUUUGCGACCGUCUGAGCUAGGAUUGCUUGUGAUAAACAAACUAUGUAAAUAAAACAGUUUCUGCUUGAAAUGUCUGACUGGGUUUUAAACAAACCACUGUAACGUGUAAAUGCAACUGCUAUCAUAUGACAGGGGCGUGGUCCCGCCCCAAUUUACCUUUUAAAGCCUCAAAGUUCAUCCGACGAUUUGGGAAGUGUUUUUCCGAAAAUUCUCUUUUUUAAGGCAUCGUUUAACUUCGAACGAAACCUGAACUUUUUCUUGACAAGGGUAAAAACCUAUCUAAUGGUUUACAUUUUCAAGUGUAUAAUAACGAACGAGCGCUGUCAAUUGAAUUCAAGACAUCAGCAAGUAUGUUGUUCGUCAGUUUGGUUGCAUAUAGUGUGUGAAAAAAAAAAUCAUCAAGGUUGUUUAAAGAGGCCAUUUUAUAAACCUAUAGAGAAAGUAUUUUUUCGGAUAAAUUGUAGUAAUUGUGGCACUAGCGAAUAAAAAUGACCAGCAUGGCAGUGUCAGCACAUUUGACAAUUCGCUCAUGUAUUGCCUUUUUGUCACGGCAAUUAAUUAGCUUCCUUUUAAUAUUGCUGUCAGUAAUAAUUCAGCAUACAUGAAAAUCUGUAGAUUUAUCUCUUUUGAUCAAAGAUGUAAGUGCCUCUGCCUUUUACAAUAAUUAUUAUAGAGCUGUAAAAAUAUUACUGUUCUUUAUUUUUAUAUGGGACAGAAUUAUCACGACUGCAAAUUAAAAAGCAAUAUAAUGUCGCUUGUUACAGUUAUUCUAAAGCAUUAUCCGAAUAAAUUUAAAAUCUAGCCUAGGUGAUUAAAAUAUGGACGAAGGUAUAUAAAAGAAAACAGAGACCUUUUUUGUACAAUUCUAAAGCUAAAUCAACUCAAUGAAAGAGGUGUAGGUACACGAAAAUGGCUAAACACAAAUCCAAUAUUAGUGAACAUUCUUAUUUAACAGCUUAUUACAAGUAUAUACCUAUUAGUUAAUCGUUUCAUUCUUUGAAGCUUUGGCUGCCUUACUGCUGUUGCGCUUAUUUCUCAGGUUUUAGACAGAAAGUAUACAAAAAUAUUGUACUAAAAAACUUUGUAAAUUACUGGUAAACACAAUUAUGUAUCUAUGUACUUACAUUUAUAUGGAAUCCGUAACUACUUUUGAAUAAUUGAAGAGUAUUAUACCCUUUUCGUCAAAUUCUCAAUUUGAUAUAAACACUUGCUUUAUUAUUUAUGUUUGGACAUAAAUGUAUUUUGCCACUUGUACCCUUUUCGUCAAAUUCUCAAUUUGAUAUAAACACUUGCUUUAUUAUUUAUGUUUGGACAUAAAUGUAUUUUGCCACUUGUACCCUUUUCGUCAAAUUCUCAAUUUGAUAUAAACACUUGCUUUACUGUUUAUGUUUUGACACAAAUGUAUUUUGCCAUUUGUACCCUUUUCGUCAAAUUCUCAAUUUGUUAUAAACACUCGCUUUACUAUUUUUGUUUGACACAAAUGUAUUUUGCCAUUUGGUACUGUCUAGGACGACUAAGGACCCCCAUUAUGUAUUGAAAUCAUAAUUAUUCUUGCCUGAUUAUCAUUAUUUUAAACUUCGUACUUUUACGUUUUUAACUUUCGCAAUUAGAAAUCAUUCGAUUUCUCGGUUAAAUGAAAUCAAAUCAAAAUUACAUUAAUGCGCGUUGAGAAAAAACAAAAGAGUUGCAUACACAUAACUUAAUUAUGAAUUAUUUAGGAUCUUUUAAUUAACAUAUCUUUUUUGGUUUAACCAUGUUAAAGUUUUAUUUUACUUAUUUAUUUUUAAGUAGUUAAUUGUGUAAAUAAUAUUAAUUAAAAUGAAUUUAAAAAACUUAUUAUGUUCUUAAAUACAAUAAUCCUGUAUAAAUUGUGUGUAAAAAUUGGAAUUAAGCAUUAAUUUUAUAGUUUAGUUAUUAUUUAAAAUGUGUUUAUAUCACCAAAGAUGUUUAUGAAUAUUGUGCAUUGAUGGAAUUCUUGUAACAUUACAAUAUCGUGUUACUCUUGAGUUAUAGAUCAUGUGUGUUGACGGUUGAUUAUGGGCUUAUUUAAUUUAAAUGGACUGGCUGUUCUGUAUAUUUAAUCUGUGGCAUUAUGAACUGAGCCCCCCUGGAGUCCGGCAGAAUCUACAUCUAGUCAGACGCGUACUGAUUACACUUGCGAUUGCGAUUACAUUGAUUAAUUUAUACAAAAAUCUAUAAAAUAUACUUAAAUGUCUGUAUUCAAUUCAAUUGUGCGUAUCCAUUUGUUUGGUCGUGAAUAUACUUUUGGUAAAUCAGGUGAUCGCCGUCAAAUAAUAUAAACUUGUAUGCCUUUUUAUACCACCGUGACAAUUAUAUAUUCUAAGAUUUAAAUUAAGGUAUUACAAAUAAAUAAACAUAUCACAAACUAAUUGUUAAAAGUAUUACUAACACAUUAAAUUGUAACUUGUAACGUAAAUACUGUAUGCCUGCAUUAUUAUAUGAAUUAAAAAUAAUUGCGUAUUCGUUUUCUGUUACAUUAGAAUUAGUAGAAUGUACUAUUCUGAAUCGUAACCAAUAAAAUAUUCAACUUAGCAACUAGUAAUAUACCAAGUACUCGUGUGUAUUAUUGUCUAUUACUUGGUGAAAAACUGGCCUAUAAAUAUUCUAAAUUACGUAGGAUUGCAUUAUUGAUACUAACUUAAAUAAGUUGAUUGUCGCGACACACGAAACUGCCCCAACCAAUAUCGCCUGUCGAUUCAAAAUUCAUUAUUGAAAAUAUUGGUAAAAAUUUAGUUUAGUUUGCAUAUUACAUUUAUAUCUGUCAUUUCAUUUUACUUGUGUGUUUUAAUGCUUUCGAAACAUUUAAACCAAUCAAUAUAACUAUGUACACAUAUAUGAUAUGGCUAUGGCAUAUAAAUAAUAUAAUAUAAGGUUGUCCGUUGCUUUCGAGGGAAUUAGUUGCUUUCAAGGCAAAUACCAUAAUGACACAAAAUAAAUCGAGAGAUAAUGUAAGCUAUAUUAUCCGACUGUGUAAUACUAUAAUAAAAUUAUUAUCAUUAUGUUACAAAAAUACACCAAGUGGUGCUGGGUUUGGCCCGAGCAAUCCUUACCAAACAUUCUAUCGCAGAGUAAAAUUAUAGCUUUAUAUUUUCCGACGUAUAUUGUGUAUAUCAACGUAACGUUUACUAUGGCUAAACUGUUCGCAAUUGUACUCUGCGCAAUAAAACAGUUUUUUGUUUGACGUCGCGAUAUGUGUGCAUCGACCACUGUUUUCUAGUCGCCUAUAGCUGGGGUUGGAUUUCUGUAACCAUGUUCAAUCAUUUUACUGUAAAUCUAAAACACGGAGUGUAUUUUUUCACGAAUUUGGUUACAUUACACCUAUCAAUUUGUAGCCCUACUGCCAUAUUACACUUAUGACGGAAACUGAGGCUGCAUCAACAUCACUUAUAAUUUAGGACAUUAAAUAGCUCGGAGAAGAAACAAAUAUAAAACAAUGAAGUAUUUUUGAAAUCUUAUUAUUUGUCCAUAGAAUGAUGUUAGAUGAUUGGAGUGCUCCUUUCUACUGCCUCUAUAUAGCUCGGAAUUAUGCUAAUCAAAGAAUAUAUAAAUACUAAUUUGUGCUCAAAUGUCAUCGGUCGCAGCAUUCCCAUAAUGUAAUAUGACAUGGACCUAAAACGCAGAAGUACAAAUAGAACUCUUGCCAGUGUAGCAUAAUAAACACAGAAGUUUUUUUACAAGUUAGCUUACACCUACACACUGACUUGUAUGAAUAAUUCUUAACAAUAAUAUUCUAAAAUUAGUAUUAGAUGUAGUUCUAUAGUUAUCUGUAUAAUAUAAUCUAUAGUUGUAGCUACUUACUAUAGAAUAUACAUUUACAUGAUUAAAUAUCCAGGGAGUUCCAUAAGACGUGGGCCAACGGUUACUAUGUAUGUUCCGCGAUACUUGAGGACUAUUUCACCUUUGCAUAGAAUUUUACUAGAUUCAUUCUAAACUAAAACAUCAUUAGGUUCUUAUCUGGGUGGUGUAAGCAACUAAGCAUUUUAUAUGAGAAUAGGAUAUUUGAACAGUCAUGAUAAUUUUAAUAUUCACGUUUAUGCUUAUGUCAAAAAAAUAUUAUUCAGUUAAUAUUUUUUGUUCGACAUACGAAAAAUAUGCAAAAGAGCCGAAUCUUUGCGGUCAUGAAGGGUACUGCAGAAUUUCCAUAGUUCAAGGCGAUGGGAAAUGAGGUCUCCAUUGUUCUGUGUCCAUUGUCACGUCACGCUCGUGGUUCGCCCUGAUAGAAAACUGACUGUGAAUUUAUUAUAGAAAAUAAUUCUAAUAAACCUGUAUAAAUUUGAUGUAGCUGAUAAUCUUAAUGCUGUAAUAAAUUAAUGUUCUUGUGUAAAUUAAUUUUGAAAUAUAUACCUAAUAUUAAUGUAGUGGCUGACUGGCUGUGUCUAAAACGAGUAGGAACUUAUAUAAUAAUAAACGAUGCAACAAUCACAGUUGUAAGUGAUACGAAUUAUUGAAAUACUUAUUUUGCUACUGUGGGAAUAUGUAGGUAGCCGUAAUAAAGAUAAAGCAAAAAUAGGUCUUUAAAGUCAUAAUGUGUCAGACAUGCUAGUACAAACCAACUAAAAUAGAGAUGAAUAAUUUUGGAGUUGCUAAUGAUCGCUUUCGUACAAUGUAAUGGAAACUAUUUACAUAGGUAGGUAUUAUACGUGCUUUGAAAAUCGUGAAAUAUGUAACUCGUAGUCUUAAGGUAUACGUACCUAUAAUUAAUAGGGGACGCAAAUGGAAACCCAUUUGUGUGUUGUACUUAUGUGAGCAAUAUAAUCAAUGACUGCUUACGAGCCAAGAGCUCAUUUGUAACGUUCAUAUCAUGAUCGAGAGCGCUGUGCAUGCCUGCAUGUUUAUUUUAUUCACGUAGCCGUGUAUAAGCUGAACUAAUAUAAUAAUGUCCAUAUGUGAUUUAUAUAAGACUAUAUACAUAGUUCAUGAUUGAUUAUUACAUAACACAAUAACAUUUUAAUUGGUAGAUAUCGAAAAUAAAAUGAUGAAAAAAAAUAAACCUGAGUGCAUCACAAAAUGUAUCUAAGCAGAAGUAAACACCUAACCUAAAUAUAUUUAUUUAUAAAACCUUCUCGUUCAGAAAUAUUAAAAAUGUUCAUAGGCAAGCGUUCGAUAAAUGGUUUGCGUUUCUGGCACUUGGGCAUACGCCACUUUAUAUCGAAAUUCAUAGUAACCAAGAUUGACUUCAUAUGACACUACCUAAAUGUAUCAAUCUAUCUAAUCUAACAAUAUUCCUAUGACAAAUUAAUAUGGUCGUUGCAACUUUGCGUAACAGUAUGUAGUAUAAGUGUCGGGUGGCAUUUCAUUAACCAAACGUAAAUUAGAUAGUUUUAUCAUAGGCGUAAGUGUGCUCUUAGGAUGCAGUUGUAAUGUUAUUCUUAGAACUGACAAUGUACUACUUACUAUUAAUUACAGCGUGUUAACGACGCAACGACUGAAUAGUGUUGUAAUCCCUGGACUAUUAUAAAGCAUGAUGAUAAUUCUUCCGUCUGACUGAAAGUCUUAACAUUAUUACGCCUAAGCACAACAUAUUUCACUCCGCAAACAUAUGUAUCAAAUUACUUAUUUAGAAGUGACAUGUUUUAUGCGGAAAUCGGUGUUUUAUAUUAGAUACAUUUCUGCUAUCAGCUAAUUGCCACUGACUUGAGGAGCUAUGCUUCAGGAUAAUUUUACAUAAUUCAUGUUUUAUUUAUAUAAAUAAAAAAUAAAUUCAAAUCGUUUCUUGAUCACAUUCCAAGAACCUUAUUUAAUGACAAUGACUCAAACGUUACUUAUCCACGACGGUGUGACAAUCUCUGUUGAGGUAAAAAGGAAUGACUAUCUGAUUUAAUUGGUGAUUUCGUCUUAUUAGUGUUUUCUUUUAGUCUACAUACGUAAUUGGAUAUGAUGAAUUUUUAGCUUCUAAAAUCGAAUGGCCGUGAAGUUGCCCAACAUUAUCGAUCUGCUUGCCCCUUUGGCUCUCCCCACGCGUAUCGCGUCGGGAAUCGAUUGAUUAAAUAGCUAUUUACGUAAGACUUAAACCAAAAAGUUUCCAUAAUUCGAGUUUAACUAUAAAGGUAUCGCCUACUUAAAGAAGUGCAGGUGAUAGGAAUUGUGUCAAAAACAUGCUACAUAUGUAAAAGACAAUUAACCGGUACAAUUUUAUGGCAGUGGGAUGUAUAUUCGGUAAAAGCUAAAUACAGAGAAACUACGGCUAUAUCGCAACUUAAAUUCUCAGUACUUACCUAUGUACUCUUGGAAGGUAAAACAUUGCAACAAACAAUGUAGAAAUCAUCCUCAUGCAUAGUAUUAACAAAUAAUGAAUGAUUUGACUUACAUCUACGUUGUACAUUUUCUUCAGUAGUUUACAUAGUUAUAGAUGCACCCGUAGGUUUAUUUUUAUUAGGUAUGCUUUAAGGUUGAAAUGAUUAUUUAAUACUUACCUUUCGAUUCAGUUAGCAAAUAUUGUGUCAGUUUUCCCGAGUUAGGCAUCUACAUAAUGUGUUUUUGAAAGCAAUUUGUAAACGGAAAUAAUAAUAACCGUGUAGAUAUUGUCUUUUAAUUUUUAGGUUUUUAUUCCGGUACUGAUUAAAAAACUUCUAAGUACUAACUUUUUGAAAUAGUCCCAUCUCUGUGAUUUUCAAGUCUUAUAUGGAAACCAGAACUGGUGUUGAACUUAAAUGAAUUCGCCUUAUCAUCGGCUGUAGAUAUUUUUAAGUACUACUUAUAAUGAAGAUAAUUGGAGCUGUCCUUUAUAUAAACUAUAGUUGUGGGUAAUAUUCGUCAUGUACCUAUAAUUAAUAAAUGUAUGGAAAAAGUAAGUACAAAAUAUGAUGAAUGAAAAAUGUGUUUGGGUAUUGUAAACCGUAGCUUUGCUAAUUGUGUCAAGUAAAUAUACGGAGCAUAAUAUUUUUUUAAAAUGUUAUAAGCAAGUAACAUAAUUAUUACUUGAUUGUGGACAACACACGGCAAUAACACCGGUAUUAGGUAGUAACUAUUGAUGUGACCUAAAAUAUAAUCAAAUUAUCAACUAGAAAUAAGUCUUAUUGAUAAAAUAAUAUCGUGGCUGUGACUUAAUACAAAAAUGCCCGUUGUUUACUUGAAAUAUGAAAUGUUCUAGACUAUUUAGGGACUAUUAAAAAUAUGUAUACUUUGCUGUUCUUGGUCCCACAUUCCAUCCUACCAUCCGUGAGGGCGGAAAAAAUUACUAAGCCAAUAGUCGCGGCAGUUUACAUUUUACAAACACAUUUUUUAUCUCAAAAUAACUAAUUACGUAAUGUGAACUACGAUAUAGAAUUAAAAUAGUAAUUUAUUCUUUAUAGUUAAUUGCUAUUUAUUCAUUCAUUUAUACGUUGUAGUGAAAAUGUAGAAAACCUGGGUGGAUCGUAAUCGUAAUGUUAAUCUCCUUGUAUGCAGAGACAGCGAAAUAUGUAAAAAAUAAACAAAAUAUAAAAUGCUCAGUUGUGUACAUGUUGUCCCAUGUAAACCUACUGAGUACGAUUUUACGAGAUAUUUCAGAUUAACAGUGGUGCAGAUCUAUCUAAUGUAGACAAUAAUCAAUCACAGAGCAGAUAGAGCCACGACUGUUUUUGUGUAGUUGACAGCUAUCCGUUUUCAAGGGACGAUAGCACUUUGUCCUGACUAACAACUGUUAACUGCACUUAAAAACUGUCGAAGUCGCAACAAAGCAACUUUACAGCGACUUCUGGUUCCGAGACCACUUUUUUCUGAUCCUACGAGUACCUACAUAUUUUUUGGUGGGAAAUUUUACUUAACCAAAGUGAUUUUGGUUAAGGGAGGCCUAUGUUCAGAAGUGGACGUCCUAUGGCUGAGAUGAUGAUGAUGAAAUUGAUUUUAAAACUGCUACUUAUUAAUAUACUACAUAGUCACAUGGGUCAAACUACACAACUGACGCUGUUCAGUGAAUAAAUCCAUGUUUUAACCCCGACUCAAAAAGAGAGGUGAUACAAGUUUGUUUGAUAAAUCAUAUAUGGGUAUGCUUUUGUGAUGGGAUUACUUACUACAGCUAUAAUAUAUAAGCAUAUUUAAAGUAAAUAUUCUGAUAAAAUAAUACAUUGUCUUUAAGUUUUGCAGAACUAGUUGGAACAUAACUAACAGUUUACGCGUUUUCUUAUAACAAACCUACUUGUUUAUCUUUUUUGCCUAACUCAUAUUUCAACACGGAGUCGUCAUACCUAAUUAGCUCAACCUGUUUGAAACAUUAUGUUAACUUUGGUUGGGAUAUUAUCAUAAUCACUGCGUACACGAAGUAUAUUUACAAAAUAUAUAAUUAUAUAUAAUCAAUGUAUAUUCACGCUUGAUUGAAUGUAGCCCUGCCUACUGUACCCACAUUGACAUACACGCAGAUCUAAUGAUCACGCUUCCAACUUAGAAUAAUACUGUGCUCGGUUUUAGGGUAUAAACACCUUACUAAAGUCCUAAUGUAAUAAUCCUAUACUAUACUGUUCUACGGAAUCGUUAAGCAUAUACCUACUAAUUUAUUAGAUGAUGAAUCAUCAUGCCUGUACAUAACCUAUUUUGUAAUAAUUUCCUUUAUGUUAUGAUUUGAUCACAGUUUAUUGAGAUUCCACUUAUUUAUGUUAGUCAUCGUUAAUGUGUGUUAACAUCAAUGUUUAAUAAGUCAGAUGUUCUAGUGUUUAAUGGGCGGUUUAAUUUUACUCAUACAUCAAACUAUAUACAACAACAGUAAGGGUAAAAGUAAAAUACAUAAUUCAACUGUGAUUUAACUUAAUAAUAUAAUAACUUGCGAUACCACUUUUUGCGUACCGACUAGUGACGUUAAACACACAUUAUACGUUUCUUAAUUUUAGAUCUUUAGAGUUAUUUCCAAAGCAUAAAGUGUUUUAAUAAUGUUUAGCUUAUUGUUCAAUCAGUACUUAUUUACUAACGUUGAAUUAACUCAGUAUUUGUUAUAUAAAAUUAUAUAUUACAGUUAAUGUAACGCAUGUAAUGCACUUUUGUGUAACAACUGAUAUGUAAGUUAAGUUAGUUCAUUCUGUUUUAUAAAAAUGGGACAAACAAAUAAAUAGGUUCCGAUUGAAA